CCCCGACUUGCUUUUCGGGUUCAUCCACCGCUUCCUGCGCUUCUCGGCAACCGUCCUGUGCGGCUGCUUCCUCACACCGCUCUGUGAUCGGCCGUGUUCGCUUGCUGUGACCCGUCCUGUGUCGUCGCUGUUAUUUGCUGGCCCAGCCCGCUCGGAACUUGACCCCUCAGCCGUCUCGUCCGGCUCAUCGCCAGGAAUCGCCCCGUAUCUCUCGCAUCCCACCCCCACCCGCUCUGCUGCCGAUGGAAAACAUCCUCAAGAACCUCGUGAGCCAGCCGCAAUCGCCCGAGCAGAUGUGCGUCACCCUCAAGCUGGUCGUCAAGGCCCUCGAGGAAGAGCGCAAAAUCCAGGAAGAGCUCCGGAGAACCAAGGAGAUUGAGCUCGAGAUUCUUCGCUUCAGGGAGCAUCCCAACCCCCCAGCCUCUCGGCGGCUCAGCACCUCGCCAGCCGUCGGGCCACCGGAUUCUUCGGGUUCCUUCGAUCUUGCCUACCGAGCGCCGUCGGUGUCGGUGCCUCGGCCGCCCGACUGCCUGGAUGCCACGCAACCCAAUCCCCACCACCAGCAUUCCCCCGGACCGGCCAAUGCAUUUCAUCAGACCCACAGGCACACGGCCCAGCUCGACCAGCGAACGCAUUUUCCGCCUCCACCCAACAUGCCUCCCUCGGCUGCCCCGCAAGGCAUCCCCGAGAAUGGCCCCUCCAUUGCGCCGUCGCUCACGGCUGUCUCUGUUGAUCCUGGUCGCGACCACCGUCCGUCCGGAUACUUUGUCGACUCGCAGUGGGUCACCUUGAUUGAACCGCCCUCCGAGAUGUUUCCGUCGACGCUCUACCCGAUGGUUCUCAGCAACCCAGGCGCCAGCGCUCUCCCAGGCACGGCCGACUCCGUCCCGUCCCCAUUCAACUUGGAUCUGACUGCCACAACGAUGCCCGAGAUCGUCAACCAGUCGUACCUGUUUUCAAACCAAUUCUCAACCCCGAUCUUUCCCCCCUCGUUCGAUCACACCUACAGCAACAGCCCGGUGUCUUCGCCUAUCGACCCGUAUGUCGAUUCGGCCCUUGGUGGUUCAAAGUCGCAUGCUGUCCGCCCACAUUUGGCCCCUGGCGCCUCUGGUCCCCAUCAUACCAGCUUCCAACACCUCGAGUCUCAUUCCGCCGCUAGCGAUGCUUCAUCGCUUGCCAUCCUCGAAGGCAACAGCAUCCGGGCGGUAGACAGACCGGUUUCGACGCUCGUGCGUCCGCCCACGCUCUUUUCUGCACACCCUGCGGCUGCAUCGUCAACUUUAUCAGCGCCGACGCUGCUGAAUCAACCCUCUGCAUCCAGGCCGCCGCUGCCGCUCUCCAAGGACCGCGAGUCGGCCAUCUCCCGGAAGGCUGCGCCUGAAGAAGACUGCAUUUGCGAGCGCUGCCGCGAAAAGAUCGCCACCAGGAUCAUCCACAUGGACUGGCGCUCACCCGAGGGCGGAUCAGGCCACUAUAUAGAGCUGGUUUGCAACAGAUGCGAGGACCCACGGGACCUGGCCGCACCCGGCGUCGUCGCCCUCACCAACAAGAAAAAGCGAGCUCUCGACGAUAAUUUUGAAUGCAACAUCUGCAAGCGGCGCCUCGGUCGCGGUGGUAUCCGGAGCGUCGAGGGCUCCAAACCGAUCGAGAACCGGGAGGGCCGACAGUACGAUUCGCCAGAUAUGAAGAUUGAGAUCGUAUGCAACUCGUGCAAGGAAAGAUAUCGCUUCUGCACCGAGUGUGGUGGAGGUGGCAAGUUCCGGACAGGAAAGUAUCGCCCCGUCGAUCUCUUUCCAGCUGGGCGGCGGACCUGUCGCCUCACCCAUGUGCGUCUCAGCGGCGCCUCGGUGACCAUUGUGGUCUACAAAGCCCCCCAAGAACUCACCAACAAUCUUCUCGAGGACACCCACGGAGUCCACAUCGACGGAUUCUACGGACUCUAUGCUGCUCCCGAAAUCAUGGAGAGCUCUACUAUGCUCCAGAACUUUGCGAGCAUCCACCACGAAGCCGAGGGCCUUUGGGACCGCGCCGAGGCUCUUCUCCGAAAAGAGUCUGAACAACAAGGCUGCAGGCGCUAUCUGUCUGUGGCAUACAUGUCAAAUCACCACGGCAAAGUUCGGGGCGCUACCAAGAAAAAGAUCUCGGCGAAGGAGACGGGCGCUGGACCGUCCUACACCGGCACCAGCCCGAGCGAUCCAGCAGCGCCGUCAGCGUCGUCACCUGCGCCGCCAAGCCUGCCUGCCACCGACCGGAUCCAAGUCGCCUACUCGAUCGCACAAUGGGACAAAUCCAAGGGCGCCCUCUUCUAUGCCAACGGCUAUGUCCGCACCACCACAAUCUCGACCCUUAAUAUCCUCCGCGAGCUCGAUGAGCGGAUCCUGGAUCGAGCCCAGGCCGAGGCUGCGCAGCCCUGCGACGGAGUCACCUAUCCGCCCAUCACUAUCCUGUGGCUUCUGGUCCGAAACGAGCAUGUCCGGCUCCAAGCCUAUUUUGAGCGGAUGGGAUUCCGUCUCCUGGCCGAUUUUAUGAAGUCCUUCCCGGAUACAGAUCAAUCCAUCUUUGAGCGCGAAGUACAUGUGCCGCGGGAGCUGUUUCUGACCAUGGUCACGACUGUGAGCGAGUUCAAGGCAUCGGGUGUGCAAGAUCGUCUGAAGGGAUCGUGGCGCUGAGGCACCGGCUGCGGCUGCGUCUGCCUCGUCGAGGCCGUCUGCUCUUGUUCUUUUGCAUUUCGAUCUCGGUCAGGGCUGUCCCUCAAGCUUUCGAGGUUGUCGGCAACAUUCGCGGACCACGUUUCUGCGUCUGGGGACUCACCU